GUUCCAUCCGCAGAGCAGAAUUGACGGAGCCUCGGGAGGCAACUGAUGUCCGACCUACCCCUUGGUGCAUGGUUCUCCCCGCCUUUAAUUCCCCUGCAGAACUAUUAUUUGAACCCCGAGCUCACUUCGAGACGCCUUGAACACUGCACCGCGUUUCGACCACCCCCGCAGUAACAGUCACGCCGUUCCAGCCUCAGAGCUGGUUUGCCCGGUGGCUAGCUUCCAUUUCCCCUCGCCUCGUCCUGGGAUAUUCAGACGCGGGUCAAUCAGAGCUACGGGCCGUGUGACAGCCUCGCCUCGACCUUUGACGCCGCGGAUCCUGUGGCGCCUUCGUUUUGUUUCCCGUGACAGGCGCCUCUGCCGAAUCCUACUUGCCACCAACAUGGCGCUCCCACACCAAACGAGCGGUCCUCGGGACUAUCCGACCAUGCGGCGCGACGAGGUCGAGGCUCUGAUUGCAGCCGGCCGCAAGAUAGUCGUCUUCGAUGGCCAUAUACUCAAAGUGGACGCGUGGCUUCCGUACCAUCCUGGUGGCGACAAGGCAAUCCUACAUAUGGUGGGGAGGGAUGCCACGGCUGAAAUUGAAGCUCUUCACUCUGAUGAUGCCAAGGAGCGCAUGACCCGGUACCGCAUUGGGCGGGUUGAAGGGACUUGGAAGAACUUCCUGGCCCCGAUACAGGGAGGUGUCUUCCGAGCUCAGCCCUCAGCGCACGCUGUCAACGUCGAUAUAACCGAUGAGUGUGAGGACCAAGCCCUGAAUAGUUGCAAGGAGCACGAAUCAAGCACUCAGGGCUCCCGAUCCCCUUCCCCAGUCUUCGAUGUCGAUAGCCAAUCACUUCGGCAUCGCGCAACAAGUCGCUCCCGUCGACCCUCUUCCGCUUCAUCUCAUUCCGAGGCCGAGAGCGAAAUGGACGGCAUGUCGUACCUGGACUCAAUUACCCGAGAACAUAUCACUCUCGACCUCGACAAGUACCCUGCUCCGGAGCCCCAAACGCAGGCCAGAAUUUUGGCCAAGUACAGAGAGCUACACCAGAAAAUCGUUGAUGUUGGGCUAUACAAGUGCGACAAUAUGGCGUAUGCUUUUGAUUGUUGCCGCUAUGUCGGAUUCUUCUUGACCAUGCUCGUCUGCCUGCGAUAUGGUCAGUACGCCCUUGGCGGAUUGUUCCUUGGCUUAACGUGGUGGCAGCUUGUCUUUGCUGCACACGACGCUGGUCACAUGGCCAUCACGCACAAGUAUCACACCGACAGCCUCAUCGCCAUCUUCAUAGCAGACUUCAUUGGCGGUUUGUCGAUGGGCUGGUGGAAAAGAAAUCACAAUGUCCAUCACAUCAUGACCAACGCACCUGAGCACGACCCCGACAUCGAGCACAUGCCCCUCUUUGCGGUGUCGCACCGUCUUCUGGGCAACCUGCGAUCGACAUAUUACGAUAGGGUCAUGAAGUACGAUGCCGUGGCCAAGGUCCUCUUGCGCUUUCAGUCUUGGACAUAUUACCCGCUUUUGGCGCUGGGGAGGUUCAAUCUUUACGCCCUCUCGUGGGAUUACUUGCUCGCCAACAGAGGCCCCAAGAAAGGGCCAGGCGCGUGGCACCGUUGGGUCGAGCUGGUCGGGCAGGUUUUCUUCUGGACAUGGUUCGGCUAUGGCAUAUUGUACAAGUGCAUCCCGGACAACUGGUCUCGCUUCGUCUUCGUCAUGGUCAGCCACAUCGCGUCCUCGCCUCUGCAUAUUCAGAUUGUCCUUUCUCACUUUGCCAUGAGCACUGCAGACCUCGGCCCGGACGAGUCGUUUGCUCAGAGGAUGCUGCGAACGACGAUGGACGUGGACUGUCCGGAGUGGGUUGACUUUGUCCACGGCGGGUUGCAGUUCCAGGCGAUUCACCAUCUGUUCCCCCGGAUGCCACGCCACAAUCUCCGAAAGGCCCAGAAGCUGGUACAAGAAUUUUGCAAUGAUAUGGGCAUCCCCUACGCCCUAUACGGCUUCGCAGACGGAAACAAGCAGGUCAUCGGCCGUCUUUCGGAAGUAUCGCGGCAAGCGGCCAUCCUAGCCAAGUGUCAGCGAGCCGUCGCGCAAAGCGGUGACCUCUCAGGCCACCACCACGCCCAUCACCAUUAGACCGAAGUGUUCCCGCGACCAUACGCUUACCCGGCAUGCAGUCGGGCGGCUCCGUGCGAGGCACCUGAGCGAUACUGGGCGCUAGUGAGCAAACAUAUCGACUUGGCUGCAGGAAAGCAUUCGAUAGUAGAUCAGCCGCUUUACACGAUGAAUGACACACACACAUACACACACAUAUAUAUAUAUAUAAGCUUGGAGUUACGCGCAAAACGCGCUGUGUUUUAUUAUAAAGAAGGUCUUAAGCAAGAAGAUUGCAAACGCGUUUCGUCCUACAAGUCGGCCUUGCCGUUAUAUCAGAUGCACUAGGCAAGGCAUUUAUAGUCGAUAGCAGUUAGUGGGUGUGUCGUCUAUAUGCUCUAGGUCUUAGGAAAGAAGGAUAGUAAGAAUGGCGGCCUAUAAUAUAUUACUCCGUAUAUAUAUAUAUAUAUAUAUAUAUACGCAAGUAUUUAUUUUUAUUUUCUAUUCUCUAAAAGAGGGGGAUAUUUAGUAAGCGCGUAUAGAUGCCCUCGCGGGAGCUUUAAAAACGUUAUAAUAUUAGGGUCUUUAAGGAGCUACUUUAUAUAUAUAUAAUAUAGACAAUA